CCAGAUGAAGUUUCUUGACGUUGUAGGGAAAUCAUCGACUAUCUCCAGCUUGCCUGAUAAAAUGAAUAUUGAUGAUAUAGAAUCAGCAAUUGAGGAACCUCUACAGGUUACGCAACCUUUUGAGGCAUGGAACACUUCUAGUACAAGUGAACAAUCAGUAAGUGAAGCUUCCCUAUCGCCGAGUCAGCAGCAACCGAAACCAAAAAAAUCAAGAAACUGUAACAAUAUCUCAGAUGUAAAAGAGGCUAUUUUAUCAGCCCUGGAAGACGGGUCUAGGAAUAAGCCAGAUGCGGUCGAUGGAUUUUUUCUUCAAAUAGGAGAUAGAGUACGAGUCCUUCCAGCACGUGAGAGGGGUCUGUUUGAAAUGAAAGUCCAAUCGCUACUAUUUGAGUUUGAACAAGAAUUAUCUCUUCUUUAAAGUCCUCUUUUUUUUUCAAGAAAAUCUUUUUUAUUUACUAUUAUGUAGUGUUUAUAAAAAUAAAACGCAAUUUUUUUUGUUAUGUAUAAGGUACAUAUAAGAUACAUGUAAGGUACAUACAUAUAAAGAAAAUAUAAUAUCAAGUAACACAUCAAAAA